UACAUAGUGUUUUCUUUGUUUUAUUUCAGCAUUGUGGGUGAUGUGGGGCUUGCUAUGUGGACAUCUAGUUGCGUUCAAAGCUCCAAAGUCAUGGCCGAAUAAGUUUCUUAUCAAUGUCUGGGGUGGGUUCAGUGUUAUUUUCGUGGCAUCAUACACUGCCAACAUUGCAGCUCUUAUAGCAGGCCUAUUUUUUCACAAUGAAGCAGGAAGCUACAGUGGACCGUUAUUAAAACAACGUAUUGGUGCACCGGUUGCAACCGCCACAGAGUACUAUGUCCAACAAAGCGAUAAAAUUUUGUGGGAGCAUAUGAAGAAAUACCAACUUACUAAUAUUGAAGAAGGCAUCGAAAGGUUGAAAAAUGGAACUAUUGAUCUGUUGAUGGCAGAUUCACCAAUACUAGACUAUUAUCGAGCAACUGAUCAAGGAUGUUCAUUCCAAAAAGUUGGCGAUACAUAUGUAGAUGAUUCAUACGCAAUAGGAAUGACGAAAGGGUUUCCGUUAAAGGAGACUAUUUCGGCAUUGAUAUCCAAAUAUUCUAGUGACGGAUAUUUGGAUAUCCUAACAGCCAAAUGGUACGGAAGUUUGGCCUGCUUCAAACUCGAUCGCGAUAUCGGCCAACCGAAGCCAUUGGGAGUAGCUGCCGUGGCAGGGGUGUUUUUACUACUGGGACUGGGAAUGAUACUAGGACUUUUAAUUUUAAUUUUUGAGCAUUUGUUCUACAAGUAUACACUGCCUAUACUGCGACAUCAACCCAAGAAUACUAUAUGGAGAAGCCGGAACAUUAUGUUCUUUAGUCAAAAGCUAUAUCGCUUCAUCAACUGCGUGGAGCUUGUAUCGCCUCAUCACGCCGCUAAAGAGCUGGUGCAUACUAUUCGGCAGGGCCAAAUAACCAGCUUAUUCCAGAAAAGUAUCAAGCGGAAGGAGGACGAACAGAGAAGACGUCGUAAGAGUAAAGCACAGUUUUUCGAUAUGAUUCAGGAAAUCAGAAGAAAUAUGUACUUAAACAGAGUUCAGCAACAAGAGCGAGACACAUUACAUCAAACACUAACUAAAGAUGCUAUACCGGAAGCGUCUCCUAGCAAAUCCAGCACUCCAGCCAAAAAAAUAAAAAGCAGUCCCAGGAUGAGCAUAUUUGGGUUAGGACGGCAUAACUCGAAUCCUUCAACACUGAAUGUAAGACGAUUUAGUACUGAUAGUAUACUGAGUGAGCGAUUGGAUUCAAUUGGGAGGCGUUUGAGUAGAGACAUAACUAACUCGCCUCCAGAUCUCACGCAUAGAUUUGAAACGUUUGGUAAGCUAAAAGAUGGAGACGGAAAAUUCGACACAUACUCGGGGAAAGAUACGAAAGAAGCAGUAGCGUCAAAUAAAUUUGAUACGUUUAGUGGAAAAAUUGAAAAUAGUCAACCUGAGGAGAAGCCACCUGCAUUACCCAUUAAAAAAGGGAAACAAAAUAGAAGAUCGCCACUCAAUCCUGAGCUGUACGUAAAAAAUAAAAAAUAUUCCAGAGAUGAAAGUCGUAAAUUAAUACCAAUAAGUGAGAGAGUUGCUCAUGGCCUUGCUCCUCCCUUUAUUGAAUCCGAUACCAGUAGUGCUCUUUUGCGAGAUAAAUUACAUGAGGAACUACGUGAGAAACAUGCCUCUCAUGGAUUUAAUCAAAGUAUCCUAAAAUCAGUCAAUCAGAGUAGCGAUAUUAAGUCAUCAAUUGAUGUCACAAACGAAAACAAUAGACAAGGUAAAGUACCUCGACAAAGGAUUAAGGGCAAUAAUCAUGCUAAACGACGUACGGUAGAUGGUUGUACACCGGAUUUUUCUCAAAGUGCUAAAUUAAUUUAAAUUUGUAAUUUUCACAGGGAAGACACGAACACAGCAUGCUUGAACAUUAUUAUCAGAUUAAGAUUUUUUUCAUUUAAUUAUAUGGUGAUCACCACGAAUCAUAAUCCUGCAUUAUGUACCUCAAAAUUAUUCUAUUAAAUUCUCUAUGAAUCACGCCACACAAUACCGAUGAGAUUUUGUAGGGACCAAGUUUGAAAUAUUUUCGGGAAUUUUUACGACAAUUUGACCAAGAAUUUCUAUGGGAUUUACAGUUACAGUAGAAGUUCUGUAAGUCAAGAAAUUGUUCAGAGGAAAAUCCUCCAGGAUUGUUCUGACGAUGCUUCUCACGAUUUCAUUUAACGAUUGCUAUAAGACUUCCACGAAAUCCAGAUACUUCCUGGUGUAUAGGUACAGUAAAAUUAUUUGCCGAGAGUUUCUUAUUAUAUCCAUCCAAAGCUUAUUUGAGGCUUUCCUUAGCCUAGUGGUAACGUCCGCGGCUACAAAGCAAAGCCGUGCUGAAGGUGUUUGAGUUCUGUGUAAAGCAAAGUAUG